CUUGCAAUGGCUAGUCUACGCGCAGUCCAUUUCUCUACAACGGCAAAAUUAGGGCCUUUGUGCUCGUUUCUUCGAACGACUCUGCGUGUGACACGAACUCUGAGCAGCGAAAAUCAAGUUGCGAGUGAAAGUAAAACAAACGAUGACGUUUCUAGUUCUCAAAACCUUUCUGUGACGUUGGAGCAGCGAAUGAGUGCAGAUUUAGAGAAAGCUGCGACAUCUUUUCUAAAGUCAAAGAUUAAGACUCAUUAUCAAAGCAUGGCUCGAGUAGCUAAGAUGAUGAAUCGACAUCCUGACACUUUUACAGAUCGUGAUCUAGAGGAAGCUAUCAAAUAUCUAUUACCAACAAGUUUGUUUGCACAAGAUGCAAGACCAACAAUGAAGCAUCCUUUUGAAAUUUAUCACAGCCACUUGCUUGAAGCAGAUGACUUCACAGAGGAUGGAAAACCUAAAGCUGCUGCUUUCUUUACUGGAGCACAAGAAUAUUUUGAUACCUUAUAUGCGAUAUACGAGCAGGAAGAACAGGUCAAACGGCUGACGAAUGAGCAGAAACAUGGUGGAGGCAAUUUGAUGCAUUUGUCUCACACAGAUGCAAACAGCGGGCAGGAAAUUGUUGGGGAUGAAAAUAGUGCAGCUGCUGAUGAAAAUAGUGCAGCCGCUGAUGAAAAUAGUGCAGCUGCUGAUGAAAAUAGUGCAGCUGCUGAUGAAAAUAGUGCAGCUGCUGAUGAAAAUAGUGCAGCUGCUGAUGAAAAUAGCCCAGCUGCUGAUGAAAAUAGUGCAGCUGCUGAUGAAAAUAGUGCAGCUGCUGAUGAAAAUAGUGCAGCUGCUGAUUUGACGAGACACGAGGAGGGUCAGUUUGCGACUCUUGGGUCUGCUAUUAAUCAACAGGAUGUGUCAUCUCGUUGGCUAAAGAAGGAUGAGAUGUCACUGAAACUGGCCACAGAGUUGAGUGAUAGUCAGUAUGAGGUGAUUAUUGGAAGACUACAAGGUAUGUUAGACAUGCCUUAUUUGGCCGCUACAAAAGACUUUCUGAUGGGAUUCCGCAAGGACGUUGUGCCUAAUGUACAUUAUGGAAAAGAGCUUAAGCUGGAUGCAAGUGGACGAGCGUACUCAACAGGGCACAGGAAGUGUUCAGUCGCUCAAGUUUGGCUGAGACAAGGAAGUGGAGUUGUGAAAGUCAACCGAUGUCUAUUGUUCAAUUAUUUCACAAAAAUGGAUGACAGGCAACAAGUCAUGUAUCCAUUUCUUGUCACUGAUACCAUUGGCAACUUUGAUGUCACAUGUUCUGUGUCGGGUGGUGGCACUACAGGUCAAGCUGGUGCCAUUCGGCAUGGUAUUAGUAAAGCACUUACUUGUUUCUCAGACACUUAUGGUCCACUUCUUGAAGGAGCUGGUCUUUUGACUCGAGAUCCUCGAAUGGUAGAGAGGAAGAAGCCGGGCCAAAAGAAGGCAAGGAAGAAGUUUCAAUGGGUGAAACGAUAGCUAGUGAAGUACUAUAGCUACUGCAUUAAGGUAGUGUACAUGCUGUAUUUAUUAGCAUAAACAGACUUGUCUUUGAUAUUAAUAAAAUAAUCUAAUCUAAUUAAAACCCAUUG